AAUUUUAUAUGUGUGAGAUACGUACUAGUAUAUCAUCACAGGAACAAACUUUUGAUGAUAUGACUAACUUUUCUUACAAGAUAUUUUUUAAAUUUUGCUGUUCUAGAUAUGUCAACUGGAAUAUGUAAUAAUGUAAUGGCCUGGGAUUUUUCAGAAAUGGCAUAAUUUCAGACUUUCGCCUGCCAGAAUUAUCCUAUAUGAGUCUAUUGAAAAUAUUUAGACUGUAAAUAUUCAUGCUUUUGACUAAAUCACAGGCCUGAGUGUAUUACUAAAUAAGGAACAUGUUGAAACAGCGAGAUAUUGUUUUGUUGUUGUUAUUUUGCUUCUUUAAUAUACAGCAGAAUUUGUUAGAUCUGGCAGCUGCCAGUAAAGACUUAGAGGCUAGCACAGUAGCGCUGGAAUGUUCGUACUCAGACAGUACACGAGCAAGUCAGUCGUCUCUCAACAGUUCUAGCGGAUAUGGUACAAUGAACAGUACUCCGGCUGUGUCAGUGGACACGAAAGCUAGCUGUGAUGAGAACAAAAGUCAGUGUUGGAAAGAUGUAGAAAAUUUAACACUGAAUGAUGCCCAGUUGUUAUUUGAUAAAGGGUUACUUCCUGACCGCCACAUACUUUCAGUCAUGGUUCGUCGUCACGGCAUGAAAUCAGAAAUCGUGGUGUUGGUAUGUGAAAAUAUUUGUAAGACUAUUGCAGCUGUGUCAUCUGAAUUCUUACACGUGUUUGGAGCUUAUGACAAAGAAAAUCGAUUGCAUUUUGUAGUAUACACUGAGACUGAGAGUAUUCAAAAUUCAGAAUUAGAUUUUGACUAUGAGAUUUUGUUCAGAAGUUGCAAGAGAAAUGAGCAAAAUGAUCAUAUGAGUAUAAUUGCAGAGUCUGAAGGUGAGCUCUUAGCAGAAGAAUCUGUGGCUCUAGGGAAAACAGUAAAGUCCAUAUCUAAACGGUUUAUGGAUAAGCAUAAGUACUUGAGCGUUAUAACUGCAAGAAAAAUUCUAUCCGAAGGAAGAGAAAAUCUUUGUAUUGUUAUGUACGUUCACCCAUGCACUGACAGAUAUUCUAGUAUUCCACAUACAGAAGAUCCCAUACCGACUGAGAUCCAAGGCUAUAAAGUAGUUGUUCGUAAUGGCGUGUUUAAAACCGCUACAAAAACAGCUGCAGAGUAUCAUGAUAAUUUACGGAUGGGAUGUCAGAUAACGUCAAAUCAUGUGAACGGUUUUGGAACUUUAGGUGGAUUUAUUGAUCAUCCCGAAUAUGGACUUUGUGGAUUCACAUGUGCCCAUGUCGUUUGCAGUUCUGAACAAAUGGUAAAUCUAAAGAGAAAUAAACGACUGAAAUGGCCUACUUCAGAUCAUUGUUCGGUAUACCAGCCUUCCCAACAUACCAUGCCUGUAGGACGUGUUGUUGAGGCAAUCUACACCGAGGGUGGUGACUCUGGUUCGGCUGGCGUUGAUCUUGCUCUUUUUCAGAUAGAGAACCGUCCCCCAGUUUCAGGCAGUUUUCCGCGUUGCAAUUCAAAUGAGAAAUUAAGAUAUAACAUGGGGACAACUUGGGGAAAAUCACGAAUAGCACCCAGUGUGCGUGAAGUACAGAAGUUUGGGGUUGCGACGGGUAUUACGAAAGGAAAUGUCUGGUUCGACGGUAUGUCUGUGAGGGAACUUCCCUUUGUCACAAAACGUGCCCUUCACAGUGUAGAUACCAUACUUUAUAAUCAGUAUGAAGUUGUAAAUGAUAUAAGACACUUUUGCGAACAGGGAGAUUCUGGAGGAUUAGUGUUCAUGAAAGAUUGUUUUAAUGAGUUAAUAUGUAUAGGAAUGGUUAACGGAGUUCUUGAUACGGUCAGCCCGUUUCAUGGUGUUGUUACCCCUAUCACCGAUAUACUUCGAGAAUUGAAUGUGCAGAAUUUGAAGCCUUUCAAACAAGAGCUGACAUUAGAUAAUUUAGAAAAGAGGUUGUCUGAACAUGCUGCAGCGACUCGUGUGCAAAUGCAGUCUCAUAUCAACGAGAGUGUGUCCACUGCAGCAAGUAAUAUGUUGGACAAAAUGAUGGAAGUCCAAUCGGCAUUUCAAAGGGAAGUCCAAUCAUCUUUGGCACAUAUGUAUGCAUUGCUUCAGAAACAAACACCAGACAGUAGCACAAAAACUGACGGAAACAAUAGUGGUGAUGAGUAAUUGGAAAUAUGGGAAAUAAAAACUAAAACUUACGGAAAAAAUGAAUGUUUAUCAUGUUUGUCUUCUGCUGCACGGAUUUCGCAAAAGAAAAGUAAACACUAACUUAUCUUACGGUUUCAACAAAGCUGUUUUUAAUAAAUAAGUUGGAACGGUGGGACUAAAAGAGUGAACUAUUUAGACUUUCUCCCCAGUGGUGUUUUUGUCACUAGGCAUUUCAAGGUAGUGGUUCCCUGCUUUCCUAUUUCAUGUGUUUGUAUGUCUGUUUAUUACUAAUGUGUUAUUUUAAUUGCAUUAGUUUUUUUGAAUGUGUACAUGUGCUAAUGCGUUGUGCACCUUUAUACUUUUACUCAUAUAAUUACCAAUACCAACAUUUCUAUGUGUAUCUGGUUAAAGCCCUUUUCAACUGUUCCAUAAAUAGUUAAAUACAAGUUUUCCUGAAAUCGGAGCUGAUAGUUCGAAUCCAACUAACUACUGCACUCCAUUAAGUGGGAGAAUUAUCAAUUUCUUACGGAGAGACUCAUUACCUACUGGUUAGAAACUAUAAAGACAUGUUGUGUAAGCAGACUGUCGAGAAACGCCGUAAACGCAACACAAUUAAUGGUUUCCAAAUGUAUAAGCGCAAUUACUUAUUUAUUUCAUGUCCGUACACUUUUAACGUUUGACGUUAACUUCGUGUCUUUUGCCUGUCAGUUUUGGUUGGAAAUAAAUAUAUUCCAGAACUACA